AUGGCCUCAUCAUCUAAGCCGGCAAGCUUCCUCCUCUACUCCUGCAUAGCCCACCGCAGCAAAAUCCUUGCCGAACACUCGGCCCCCGGCUCCUCCUCAACAGCCGCCUCCUCCCUCGCCUCCAUCAUCCUCCCCAAAAUCAGCCAUGACCAGCCCCAGAAGCUUACAUACACGCACGAGCGCCUCUUCGUCCACUACAUCUCCGACUCCCCCUCGGGGCCUCCGGCAGACUCUAACACGGGCGAACCAAACUCCUACGCACCCCUAAGCUACAUCGUCGUCGCAACAGCCGAGCAAGGCCGCCGCAUCCCCUUCGCCUACCUUCUCGAGAUGAAGCGCAAGUUCCUGUCUACGUACCCGCCCUCGAAUACGGAUUUUGGGUCCCUACCGGCGUACGGGUGCGCGGCUUUCAACAGCGAGCUUCGGGCUCUGUUACAGACGUUCAACACGGCGCCGCCGGCGGACUCGCUGGCUUCGGCAAGGAAAGAGAUUGAUAGCGUAAAGGAUAUCAUGACGGAGAAUAUUGAGCGGGUAUUGGAGCGCGGGGAGCGCAUUGACUUGCUCGUUGAUAAGACGGAUCGGUUGGGUGGGAGCGCGCAUGAUUUCCGGAUGCGGAGUCGCGGGCUGAGGAGGAGGAUGUGGUGGAAGAAUGUCAAGCUCAUGACGCUCCUCGCGGUUGUCGUUGUGUUUUUGGUUUACCUUUUCGUCGGCAUGGGCUGUGGGCUGCCGGCUUGGGGGAAGUGUGUUGGGUAG